AUGUAUGAGCUACGAGAAAUGUACAAUUUUGCUGAGCUUGAAACAGGGGGAAGAAGAGUCAAAUGUCCACGAUGUCACGCCCCAUUCACACCUCAUCUCGGACAUUUGGUUACAUCUAGGUUUCAUUGUGAAAACUGCAAAGGUAAUUUAUCUGUUGGAAGAAGCAUCACAGGAGGAGGACAAGUGAGAUGUCCUUGCUGUAAUUACUCGCGUCCUAUACCAAGUCUUAAAGCUCUGCUCUGUGGUGGAUGUAAUGUGACACUCAUAUAUCGAAAAGAUGAUCGAGCUGUGAAGUGUUCUCACUGCAAACACAUCUCAGAUCCACAUGUAAAGUCUCUGUUUUUCUCUUAUCAUUUUGCAACUCUUUCGAAUUCCCCUAAUGAUCCUCAAUUGAACCGGAUUGUUCAUCCUCAAGUGAACUUGAUUGUUCAUCCUCAAGUGAACCGGGUUGGUAAUCCUCAAGUGAACCGGGUUGGUCAUCCUCAAGUGAACUGUAUUCUUCAUCCUCAAGUGAACCGGGUUGUUCAUCCUCAAGUGAACCGGGUUGGUCAUCCUCAAGUGAACCGUGUUGGUCAUCCUCAAGUGAUCCGGGUUGGUCAUCCUCAAGUGAACCGGGUUGGUCAUCCUCAAGUGAACUGUAUUCUUCAUCCUCAAGUGAACCGGGUUGUUCCCCGUCAUGUUAACCGGUGGGUUAUUCAUCCUCAAUUCAACCGGGUUGUUCCUCAUGUCAACCGGAUGAAUCGUUCCGCAACUGCAGAAACUGAAUCGACUGCGAGUUCUUCUUUUGUUGUGAGUAAUGUGAGAAAUGUUGUUGCCCGUGGAAGCGGAACAAUCAAGAGAGAAGCAGAAGAAGACAAGACAGAAGCAAAAAGCAAGAAGAUU